AUGCGUGCCAUGCUCCCCGCACUCCAGCAGCCCUUGAGGCUUUCCAUGGCUGCGCGCAACCCGCAGCUCCGCAUGAUCGCAGGCGGCUCGCGCGCGUUCCAGACCACCCCCACCGGCAAGGUUGCCGCCUCCAGCCAAGGACCCUACGUCAAGGGUACCGUCAACGACCCUACCCCUUUCCCCGAGCCCAACGCCGCACACGGCUCGAACCACUGGGCGUUUGAGCGCGGGCUCUCGGUCGCGCUGAUCCCGCUCGUCGCGGCAGGAUUCGCCAAGCACGGCUCGUCGGCCAUCCUCGACGGUGCGCUUGCCCUCACGCUCGUCGUGCACUCGCACAUCGGCUUCGACUGCAUCCUCGCCGACUACCUCCACAAGCGCAAGUUCCCCAUCGCCGGUCCCCUGUCCACCUGGACGCUCCGUGCGGCCACCCUCGCGACGCUCUACGGUCUCUACGAGUUCAACACUAACGAUGUCGGACUCACCGAGCUCAUCGCCAAGGUCUGGACUGCCUGA